AUGCUCAUUGUUCUGGCGAACAUGGCCUGGAAUCUACACGACGUAACCGCGCGACAGACCUCAGCGCGAAGAAACCAGGGUAUUAACGCCAAGUAUUUGUGCACUCCCUCAUCUCCUCUACGGAAACGCAAACGGCUGCAAGACAGUGAAGAACCGCAAGACGAUACAACGUCGAAAGAGCUUUGGAAGCGAGCACGAAGAUCUGUUGCAGCGGAAGAGACUUUGGAACACCACACGUCAAGCGGCGCGAGCGAGGACGACAAGAAUCCGAUAGGACACUGGACUCGGCACAGACGCUGGCCUAAAGAGUACUUUGAGCAAGGCAGCAAUAUGAGCUACCUAAUCGCACGGAAGAAGUCGGCGACGUCAUUAGGCCGGAAGAAGUCGGACUCAAGCUCUGUGACACCAAGCUCUACCACGCCCAGUGAUGAGAAGCCAAGAGAGGCCAAGAGUGCUCCUUACGCACGCUCGAGCUACGCGACCAUACUUGCGACCAAGGGUAGCUUUAUGGAUGAGUCUGAGCGAGACAUCACGGACACAUGCAAGAGCCUUUGCAGUGACUUGCUCGAGAGCGAACAGACACCUCCUCUGGAGUCACUGUUCCGUGACGACCUCUUUAAGACAACGUGCCGCAAGAUCAGAGAUAGGAAUGAGACUAUUGUUAUUCGGGACAUUGCUCUUUUGAUCGUCCCUUCUGCCCAGACCCUUGCAACAUAUGGCGCCGCACAUCUGGAGCGGUUGACAGAGAGUGUCAAUGAAGGCUGGAACAGCGCUAUACCCAUCUACGGCCCUCGUCCACAGUCUGAUUACUCAGUAGGAUUUGGGCGAUAUGCGUUCACCGACGACCAACUCGAAAAGCUCAAACCUUUUGUUGGCGACAUCGCAGAGACAUGUACUUCCUAUUUCAUGGCCACAUGGCGGAUGUACUUCCCGUUCUUGACGUGCGAAGUGAAGUGCGGCGCUGCGGCACUCGACAUCGCCGACCGCCAGAACGCGCACAGCAUGACUAUAGCGGUGCGGGCUGUCGUGGAGCUCUUCAGAUAUGUCAAACGCGAGAAGGAGGUCGACGGAGAGAUCCUCGCCUUCUCCAUCUCGCACGAUCACAGCGUGGUGAGGAUAUACGGUCACUAUGCUGUCAUCGAUGGAGCCAAGACAAUGUACUACCGUCACUCGAUCCGCAAAUUCGAUUUUACAGAGAUGGACGGCAGAGAGAAGUGGACGGCGUACAAGUUCACCAGAAACGUCUAUGAUAUCUGGAUGCCGAAGCACUUUCAGCGGAUAUGCUCGGCCAUUCACGAGUUCCCACCAGACGUAAACUUCGACGUGUCGCAGCAGUCCGAGCUGCAGUGUACGGAGGGAUCUGGACUGUCGCGGGACGUUGAGUUUUACAGUCUAGCACAGUCAAGCGCCGGGUCUGGAUCUGCGGAGGCGCAAGCUGACAGUCAAUCGAGCGUUGUGGACGCCCAAGACAUUACCCCGAAUACGUCGUUAACCACAGGCGGGGCAUUCAAAAGGCCGAGAACAGAACGUGGUGGUAGAAAGCGUCGCUAA